GUUUUUGGUGCUAUCUGAUGGAAACUUUUUCUUCUAUUUCCUUACUUUUGCUUUUCCUCCCCUGUAUGGAGUCCCUCAAAAGAUCGGGAGAUGGAAAUUAUCAAAUAGGUGGACAAGAAGGAGGCUUGGAUGGAUUUAAUCUGUUCUACUUCUGUCAGUUUAUUCCCCAUUUUGCAUUAAGAGUGUUGCUUUAGCUAGGGUUUGCGUACAAAGAUGAGUUCCAGGAGAGGGAGCUGGAGUUCUUCUAGCUCUGGUAACAAUAGUCAUCCAUCUUCCAAGGGUAAAGAGACAUCAGAGGUUGAGCAAUUGAGUCGGGGAGUGGGAGAAGUUCGAUUGGAUUCUGCACCAGUUGAUGGUGGUGAGUGGGAAGUAUAUGCUAGGAAAUCGAAAACCAAAGCUGGAAGUAGCUCCGGGAAACCCCGGCCUCCUCAGAAUUCUAAUUCUAAAGCAUGGGGGCAGCAAGAUGUGGCUCAGAAGCCAGUUAUAAGGACUAAUAGUGGAUCAGGGAGGGCAGCUGGCAGCAAUUCCUGGUUCCCACAAGCUUCUGACAUUAGGAAACCAGCUGGUAGAGGAAGCAUGAGGUCUCCACAAUAUUUGGCGCCACAAACUUUGAUUAGUGCACCUCUUGAGCAUGGAUGGAAUUGGCAAGGCAGAGCUGGUUCGGUGCAGGAUAGCUUUCAAGAGGAUGACCAAAUUAAUUAUAACUUGUCCUCAAAUGAUGCUGCUGGUGAGGACGGCGAGGGCGACAAGGAUCAUGAUGCUGACGAAGAUGACCUGGAUGACGAUGACAUUGAUAUGAUGGAUGAUUCUGAUGAUGAUUUGAUGAGUGAUGAAUUUGAUUCCGACACAAGUCAAAAGAGCCAUGGAACGCGGAAGAACAGUAGCUGGUUUAAGAAAUUUUUUGAGGUAAUCAAUUCGUUGCCUUUAGAUAAGAUAAACGAUCCUGAACGGCAGUGGCACUGUCCUGCUUGUCGUGGGGGUCCUGGUGCAAUCGAUUGGUAUCGAGGUCUGCAGCCUUUGAUGGCACAUGCAAAAACAAUCGGAGCGAAAAGGGUUAAGCUUCACCGGGAGCUUGCGGAACUCUUGGAUGAAGAGUUGAUGAGGAGAGGCACUUCAGUGGUCCCCGCUGGCGAAGUAUUUGGUAAGUGGAAAGGGUUGAAGGACGAGGAGAAAGAUUAUGACAUAGUGUGGCCGCCAAUGGUUGUCAUCAUGAACACAAUCCUGGAAAAGGGCGAAGAUGACAAGUGGAUUGGUAUGGGAAACCAAGAACUUCUGGACUCCUUCGAAAAAUAUCCAGCCGUAAAAGCUCGCCAUGCUUACGGUCCUCGGGGUCACCGUGGCAUGAGCAUUCUCAUUUUUGAGAGCUCUGUGAGGGGCUUUUUUGAGGCUGAACGUCUACACAAGCACUUUGCAGACCAAGGAACAGAUAGAAAUGCUUGGGAUCGCCGAGGAGCCUUAUUUUAUCCUGGGGGAAAACGUCAGCUUUAUGGAUAUAUAGCCAAAAAGGAGGAUUUAGACAUUUUUAACAGGCAUUCACAAGCUAAAUCUAAGCUGAAAUUUGAGAUGAGAUCCUACAAAGAGACGGUGGUCAACCAAAUUAAUCAGAUGACAGAGGACAACCAGCAACUCAUCUGGCUUAAGAACAAGGUUGUUAAGGAGCGAAUGCACUCGAGGGCACUCGAGAAAUCACUUGGCAUUGUGAAUGAAAGGCUGGGGAGGACCAUGGAGGAGAACUGUAUUGUCAAGCAAAGAACAAAAAUAUUCUAUGAACAGAACAAGGAGGAAACGGAUUAUCAGGAGCAGUUUUACAAAGAGCAAAUUAAGGUCAUGCAUGAUGAAUUGAAUGCGGAGGAAGAGGACUUCGAGAGGGAACAACAGGAGAAGAGAGAGCAAGUGAAGCUGUCAAAUGCCAAUCCUUCGAGUGCUGAAGAUGAAAAGAGGGGGAUGGAGGAAAUCGCCGAGUUCAUUCAGCUUCAGGAAAAGGAAAUGGAGGAAUUUGUGGCGAAAAGGGAGUUGUUGGAGAAAAGGCACCAAGAGAAGCUGGCGGCGACGAAGAAGAGGCGCUGGGUUGAGGAUGUGGAGUUGGAGAAGGAGUUCAAAACCGAACUCACUCAACUCAUGGAGUCAUACUCCCGCCGCUGAUUGGACCUGGACGAGAGAUGUGGACGUUGCUUCUCUUACCUCUCUGAGAGUAGAGGAGAGGCCUUGUUGCAUGUCACCAAGAAAAAGGAGUUUACUUGUAAAAUCAUUUGCUUAUAUACUAAAAGCAACGUUUUUCAACAAUUUACUUUAUGCUUUAAAACUUUUCGGCAUCGAUCAAAUGGCAAUGCAUGUGGAUGUUUAGGCCAAUAGAAACCAUAAUCACCUCGUCUGCAAAACCAUCAAAAAUCGUUUGAAUGUAAGAGGACUCACCGCAUAUACAAAUUUCUCAGACAUAAAUGUUGUUUUAGA